AUGUGCACUUUUUUCAUCAGAAAAUUUUCCAAAUUAGAAAUGAGAAGACUUUUGUAUAAAAAAGUUUAAUCGCAGCUUUUUCAUAGACUUUAACAAAUUGAUUGAUUAAUUUGUUCAUUAUGGUUGAUUACAUGUAUAAUUUAUGAAGAUCUUGAGAUGGAUGUAUGGAUAAUUCUUUAUUUUGGCAUUUAUUUUCUUCAUACUAUAACAAUAUCCCAACAGUAUCAAAAUUUGUCUAGGAAUGUUCAAGAUGCAUUUAUUCAGAAUAUUUUUGAUAAGGAUGUUGAUACUGGAAACUACUUAAGAAAUGAAGCAAAAGCUAUUUCUUCACAUCUUAGGAGAGUUGCCAAUCAAGAAUUGGGAGUUACAGUUAUGCAGUCAAUCUAUGAUUCUCUACCUUUUGUGGAUGCCACCCGCAAUAUAGAAAAACAAAUUGAAGAAAUGUAUGAGAGAUUACAUUUGAAAAUAGAAAAUUCUUUAGGAAUUUUAGAGAAAAAUGAGAUUGUUAUAGAAAAUUUGUACAGACAUCAUUUAAAUAUGCCAAUAUCUAAUUAUUUUCCUUGCUGUGAUAUGGAUACUAGAGGCCUUGUUUAUGAUGAUCAGUUUGGUAUUGAAAUAUCAAAAGAUGUUUCAUGUGAUUUAUUACCAAUAGCAGUGUUUCCAAAUCUUUUUUCUCCUGGUUCUAAUUUGUCAGAAGUUUUCCGUCAAAAUCUUGAAGAAUAUUCCACAAUAAAAUGGCAGUAUUUUAUAUCAUCAGAAGGAAUACAUUCUGAAUAUCCUGCAUAUGUUUCAGAUACAAUGUGUAAACAGGCUGAUACUUCAAGACAUAAAGAUAUUUAUUUAGGAACAGUACAACCUUUUACAAAAUACAUAGUUAUUGUCAUUGAUCAUGGUAAUUCUUUAAGUCCUCUGCAGUUAAAAACUGCAAAAGCAAUUGGAAAACAUGUUUUAUCUUUACUGUCUCAUAAAGAUAAAGUAACAGUUAUUGGGAUUGCUGGAGAUGUCAGCUAUCCGUAUGAUAAUUGCAUGUCUAGAAAAAUGUCUUCUGCAACUCAAGAAAUAAAAUAUUAUUUCAGCAGAUUUAUUGAUGAUUUGCAAAAAACCCCUGAUGCUACUAAUCAUAUUCUAGGUUUUAAUAAGGCAUUUGAAAUGAUGCAGCAUACACUUCCUAAAGAUGAAAAUGGAAUUACAAAGGAAGUUGAUGCAUUGAUUGUAUAUGUAAGCCGUGGAUUGUUAUCUUCCUUAACAGAAGCUAGAUCAGUACUUGAGAUUAUUGCAAAAGAAAAUAAAAAAAUUAGAAAUCAAGUUGUCAUUAAUACAUAUGUAGUUAUUGAUGAUGGUAAACCUGUUUUAUAUGAAAAAGCAUUUUUACAAGAUAUUGCAAACCAAAAUUAUAAAAAUUAUGACAUUCAUUUGUCAGAUGAGAAUGAUAUUAAACAAGGUAAAAUGAUUUCUGUCAAUACAAUAGAAAAUUUGAGUUUAACUAUUGGUGAUUUCACAUCAGUAUUUUCUGUUACUUCAAAUUCUACUACAGUUUUCUCUCUUCCACAUUGGGAUACUGUUGGAAAAGGAACAGUAAUUAGUAUCAGUAAGCCAGUUUUUCACAAUAAGAAAUUGGUUGGAGUUGUUGGAUUAGAUAUUUCUGUAGCUGAUCUGGCAGAAGAUAUAACAUACUUUAGUCAGUCAUCUAGACAAUAUGCAUUUUUAUUAGAUGAAUCUGGGAUAGCUGUGAUGCAUCCAUAUUUUACUCGUCCAACAUUUGCUAGUGAACAACCAAUGCAUACAGAUAUUAGUCAUUUAGAAAACAGAAUUGGCUUUCAGCGCAUUCGCCAAGCUAUCUUAGAUAAACCUGAAGGAGAACAAAAACUUCUGAUUGAACAAAAUUUUAUAAAAUCUUCAUUAGGCAUGAAACAAAAUUUUCCUAAAUUUGCUGUAGUUUCCUACAAAUGGAAGAAAGUAAAUGGAACCCCCUAUAUAAUAUGCAUAGUUACAAUAAAGACUGAUAAAGAAGAAAAAAAAUUGAAAAGUAUAUCUGUACCUACAGAGCCAACAUUUGUAUAUCAUCGUCUCGAUUUGUUACCACCACAUACCUUAUGUCGGCACAUGAAACAGUUAUCUACUCUUGAAGCCAGUACAUUGUUUCUUUCAGCUGGAGCAUUUCAAGCUCCAUUUCAAUAUUUAACACAAGAAGAAACUAAACAAAUUGCUCAAAGUUAUAUGGCUUAUCUAAAUGAUAAUAUUAAAUUAAUUGCUAAUCCUGGUCUAAAAAGUGAAGUACGUAAUGAAGUAUUGGCUAUUGGACGCAUUACAUCAGAAUGGAUUAAAAGAAUGCAGAAAAGUGAUAUCUCUAAAUAUAUAGUAAGAAGAUAUAUUGCAACUCCAAGUGGAAUAUAUCAAACAUAUCCAGGUUCUUUAGUUGACAAAACAUAUGAUCCAACAAGAAGAGAUUGGUUUAUUAGAGCUUUGGAAUACCCUGGAAGAGUUGUUCUUACAGCUCCUUAUUUGGAUAUUGGAGGGGCUGGAUAUGUUGUAACACUUAGUCAUACAAUAUUUGAAGGUAAACCUGCUGCAAUGCAUAAUUCAGCAGAUUUUGUUAAAGCUGUCAUGGGAAUGGAUUUUACUUUGGGAUAUUUAUAUAAAUUAUUAGUUGAUAUCAUGCCAGUUUGUGAACAAGAAAAAAUUACAUGCUUUGUUUUAGACGAUCGAGGUUAUUUAAUAGCACAUCCUGAUCUAAUAGAACCUGCUGGUAGAGGUCCUGUUGAACAACAACAUAUUACACACAAAGAACCAUUAGUUGCCAAUGAUAUUCUUAAUCAUAGGGAUUUUGUACAAAAAAAAGUUUGUAAUAAUUUUAAUGACAGAACUGUACAAAGAUACUACCAAUUUAAUACUAGUCUUCAAGGUGUUUUAACAAAUCUAGUUCAUGGUGAACAAUGUGCAAAGUAUCAAAUUGCUGCCGUACAGGGAACCAAUGUUUUCCUUGGCAUUGUUAAUCAAAGUUGCGAUCCAAUUACUGCUUUUUGUCCAUGUAGCAUGAUUGAUCGUCUUUGUCUUAAUUGUCACCGAAUGGAACAAACUGAGUGUGAAUGUCCUUGUGAAUGUCCACUAAUGACUAACUUGUGCACUGGACAGUUGGAGGAGGAAGAAAAUAUUUAUCCAAGUUGUCCACAUUUUCCAGAGGAACCUCAUUUGCCUGUUGUUGACGUGGCAAUUUUAGAUCCUUUAGAAAUGUGUUUUGAAAAUCAUUGCUAUGCUCGCAAAACUGAAAGUGAAUGCUUUGGAGUUCUUGGCUGUGAAUGGUGUCAAAUUGAUAGUGAUGGCUUAACAUUAUUAAAGAAAAAAUUUUGUACAGAACAUAGAAAAUGUUUUGGAGGUAUUCUUGGUGCACGAACCCCAUAUGCUGAUGAGAUCAUUGGACUACCAUCAGAAGAAUUUUUCACUAUUAAAAGUACACCAGUUGGUCCAGUAGCUGGUGGAAUUAUGGGAUGCUUUUUAGUAUUGGCUUUAGGAGUGUACUGCUAUCGCAAUCAUGUAAAUCGCAGUUCUUCUGUUCAUUUUAUUUCUUCCACUCCUGGUACAACUAUCAGGAUGUCACAACUUGAUAAUGAACUUGAUGAUUUAGAACAUCGUGAAGAGCCAAUUAAUCCAGUUUGCCGUUCCAGUGUUGUACUUGCAAGCUUUGAAAAUGCAGCUCUUUCACCAUAUCGUAUAAACACCUAUUAUCGUCGUCCACCAGGAGGAGAUAGUGAUAAUGGCUAUGGGACAAUGACAACCCACGAAGAGUCUGAACACAUGCCAUGUGUCGAACCUCUAAUAGGUAGGGACUAUCCUAAAAUACUUGUAUCUCAACAUUCGACGAGCAGUUGUAGCACAUCAUCGUCGGCUUCUCGUCCUUUUUCAAACCCAGGACUGGCACCUUUCAGCAGUUCAGUAAAUCUGGCCCCUUGGAUGGUAAAUCACUUAAUUGCAAGAGAUCCAUCACAAACUGUUGUUUAUACUGAGGUGCCACAGUAUGGGUGUCAUGUUUUGACUCAGGCCCAAGUACAUGCAAUGGAAACUCACUAACAUUUGUAUAUGUUGUAAAUAGUACUUUUUAUGACAUAACUGAAUCCAUCCAAACCAAAAGUAUUCAUUGUGAAAUAUUAUAGUUUAAUUCUUAAUUUUUUGAAAUAUUAUUUAAAAUAAUUGUUUAUGUGCAAUGUUUUAUCUUUAAAAUCUUCCUAUUUAUAAUAGUCAGAGCUGCACAAUCAUUUUUCCCUUGUGCAACCAAUGUGCCUUUUUUAUGUAACAGUAAACAGUUUAUAUAUCUUUAACCAUAUAUCAUUUAAUGAUUAAAUUGAGUAAAGUACUCUUACUAUAUUUAAUACUGUAUGUUAUGAGAUAGUAUGAAUGAUUUCAUUCCUGUUUAAAUUGUAGACCUUUAAACCUUGACUUCAUAGUGCAGUUUUCAUAGUAUUUUCACUAACAAAUAAUUGUGCUUUUUGUGCACAUUUUAAAGUAUACUUGCACCUUUUUUAAUGUCUGAUCCUAAUAAUGUGUGAUUUACAGUAGAACAAAUCAAUUACUGUAUUUUUGCACAUGGAAAUUUAAAAGAAAAAUUUAUGUGUACAUUUAUAUGACAUGUUAAAUGUGUUUUAUUUUUAAAUAUAGUAAAAUAGAGAGUUUUUAAGACUGUGUUGCCAAAAAUAUUUUUAUUUUUAUAAUUAAAAAUUAUACUUUUUAUGCAUUUGUUUUUACAACAAAUUUUUGGAUGGAUCAUAUACUCAUUUGAAAUUUUUGAGAUUAUGAGUUUUGAAGUAAAAAUGGGAAUAUGAGAAUGAAAUGUUUACCUUAGUUUGUUAGCAUUUACAUUGAAAAUUCUUUUUUAUAGAUUUAAACUUUGUUAUUUCCACCAAAUAGAAGUUUUUGUAUGUGUAUAUUAUAAAACAUAUUUACAAAUCUAAACUUUAAAAAAAAAAUUACAAAUUUACAAGUGAAUAUGAUAAAUGUGCCAUUUUUAUUCUGUACAUAGUUGUGAAUGAUGAGAAGCCAAAUAAAACUAUUAUU